AUGCACUUGUGUCAAGUGUUGGACUUAUGCUGGUUGGACCGUAUGAUAUCCUUGCAGGAAAACACAAAAAAGCAAAAUCAAAAGAUCUGAACUUCAAUCUUCAUUGGAGAUUCUUCUAUGAUCCCCCAGAAUUCCAGACGAUACUUGUUGGGGAUAGCAAAACACAGUAUCACAUGGGAUAUUUCAGGGAUGUGCCAGAUGAGCUUCCAGUGUGGGUUGGUGCAAAUGAGGCUAAGAAGGGCUGCGUGAUUUCACAAGUUGGUGAUAAUGUCUUUGCCGCAGUCAAAUUAUUUUUGUCAAAGAAACUUAAGGAAGUGACCGAUAAAAAGAAAAAUGCUAUUUUGAAAGACAUAGAUGAAAAACUAACAAGAACAGCGAAAGAACUGGGUUAUUCUCUGGAACAAAAAACCAUGAAGAUGAAACAGAGAGAUAAGAAAGUGGUGACCAAAGCAUUUCAUGGAGCAGGCCUAGUUGUUCCUGUAGACAAAAAUGAUGUCGGAUACAGAGAACUUCCUGAAACAAAUGCUAAUCUUAAAAAAAUUUGUAAGGCCAUUGUUGAUGCUCCUACUGAUGAUGAGAGACUGAAGGCCUUUGCACCCAUUCAAGAAAUGCUCACCUUUGUUCAGUUUGCUAAUGAUGAAUGUGACUAUGGAAUGGGAUAUGAACUGGGUAUGGACCUGUUUUGCUAUGGAUCACAUUACUUCCACAAGACGGUGGGCCAGCUGCUGCCCCUGGCUUACAGCCUGCUCAAGAGGAACCUCUUUGCCGAGAUCAUCGAGUCGCACUUGGCCAACCGGCGGGAGGAGAAGGUGGACCAGCUCCUGCCCUGAGCCGGGCGGCAGGGCCCCUACGGGGCCGCAGCAGGGCGGGCG